GCAAUUCAGAAACGGAUAGGCGGUUCUGUUGGUUUUAACAGGACAAGGGAGGAAUAUGAAAGAGGAUUUGGUGAUGUAACAGACUCUUACUGGAUAGGUAAUGACAUUAUCCACCAAAUGUCUAAGGGAAGGAACUCCUCCCUCUACGUAUCCAUUACAUUAACAAAUGGCACCACGUUAUACGAACUCUAUCAUCAGUUUUCUAUCUCUGACGAAUCAGACAACUACAGACUCUUUCUCGGGAACCAGCUACCGGGACUUUGGGUGAUAGCAUUUAAUACUAAUGAUGACCUGUCUGGGAUGAAUUUCUCUACCCCUGACAGGGAUAAUGACGGGAAUGAUAGAGAUGGUCGUGCUGGUAACUGUGCUGCUUGGUACGGAGGAGGCUGGUGGUUUAUCUUCUGUUACGCCGCCUUCCUUAACGGUCCCUGGUCCCCGGCACAGACAGGCAAUCCAUGGUGGCCUACACUGACUGAUAAUAGAGAGAGGUUGACUGUGUUAUAUCUUAUAGUAAGAGAUUGUAAAGAAGACUGUUCUAAUGAUAAAACCUCACUGACUGUAUCAUAUCUUAUUUAUUGA